AUGAACGGCGAUACCUACUCAUCCAGAGACCGAGGCGACAGAGCCGAGCGAGGCACCGAACGUGGAGCUGAACGGGGAGCUGAACGAGGAGCUGAACGGGGAGCUGAACGCGGAGCUGAACGCGGAGCCGAACGUGGAGCCGAACGAGGCGAUCGGGCUGAUCGCGGUGAGAGACGCCGGUCUCGCUCACCUCACCAUGGAUCCCGGGGCGACUCCCGUCGGGAGCGCGAGGUGAACACCUACUCGAGCAGCCGCGAUUACCGUGCCCGUGAGCGCGAAGACCGCUACUCUGGCCGCCGUGAUGAUCGAGAGUGGGACCGAGGUGACCGCGCUGAACGCAGCGGUGGUGACCGUGGUGAUCGCCGACGACGCGAUUUCGACGACAGACCUCGCCGAGACUUGUUUGAUGACAGACGUGGUGGGCGUGGAGGUGGUGAACGUGGAGGUGGUGACCGUGGUGAUCGGGGAGACCGUGGAGACCGCGAGAGAAGAGAGCGCAAGCGCAGCGCCACGCCCCCGCGGCGCAAGGAGCCUACUCCUGAUCUGACAGAUGUGCCUUCAGUGUUGACCCGCAAGCGCCGUUUGACUCAGUGGGAUAUCAAGCCUCCUGGAUACGAGAAUGUUACGGCCGAACAAGCAAAGCUCUCAGGGAUGUUCCCUCUUCCCGGAGCUCCACGUCAACAGCCGCUGGACCCAAGCCGUAUGAAGGACCUGUUGAACCCUCCCACCGGUGAUAGCGACAAUGCUGCUCUCAAGCCGUCCAACUCCCGCCAGUCCAAGCGCCUUUUCGCUCACAACAUUCCCUCCGGCGUCUCGGGUGAUGCAGUCAUUGCCUUCUUCAACCUUCAAUUGAAUGGUCUCAACGUUAUUCACAGUGUCGACCCCUGCAUCUCCGCCCAGAUUUCCGAAGAUAAAACAUUUGCGCUCUUGGAGUUCAAGGAGCCGAACGACGCAACGGUUGCGCUGGCUUUCGAUGGAAUUAGCAUGCCAGAGAGUGGCGACAAGGGGCUUGAAGUGCGACGACCAAAGGACUACAUUGUGCCCAACGGUAGCGCAGACCAGCAACUCCAGGAGGGUGUUGUGCUGGGCGAGGUCCCUGAUUCCCCUAACAAGAUCUGCGUUUCUAAUAUCCCUUCAUACAUCCCCGAGGACCCUGUCACAAUGCUUCUGAAGUCAUUCGGCGAGUUGAAGUCAUUUGUUUUGGUGAAGGAUGCUGCUACAGAUGAGUCUCGGGGAAUUGCUUUCUGUGAAUACGCCGACCCCGCCGCCACGCCCAUUGCCGUUGAAGGAUUGAACGGUAUGGAGCUGGGCGACCGCCACCUCAAGGUUGUCCGCGCCAGCAUUGGAACCACUCAAGCUUCCGGUCUGGAUAUGGGAGUCAACGCCAUGCAGAUGUUUGCCAAGACCACCUCCCAGGAUCUUGAGACUACUCAGGUUCUGCAGCUCCUCAACAUGGUCACUCUUGACGAGCUUCUUAAUGACGAAGACUAUGAAGAGAUCCUGGAAGAUGUUGGCGAAGAAUGCGCCAAAUUCGGAAACCUCAUAGGAAUCAAGAUCCCUCGCCGCGGACACGGCGCUGGAAAGAUUUACAUCAAAUACGAUACCACCGAGUCAGCCACCAACGCUCUCAAGGCGCUGGCUGGACGCAAGUUCUCGGAUCGCACUGUUGUUGCCUCCUACUUCGGGGUUGAGAACUUCGACACCGAAGCCUGGUAG